AUGUCGCACGCCGCCGUUGCGCCCAUGCGCAACUUCUCCAGUGUUCUCUCCAGGACCCCCGCGAGGCAAUGCCAGCGGUUCAUCUCGACAGCUAGAACCACCCGGCCUACCGUCCCGAGACUCCAAGUCCAGCCCCAACAGCCAUUGGCGCAACGCAGAACCUACAAGACCGUCGAGGAAGCAAAGAGCAAAUACCGUUCGGGACCCUUUUCCUGGAAGGCCGGCCUUCUCUUCGUUCUCACCGGCGCCGGCUUGCUAUGGUACUUUGAGCAUGAGAAGCAGCGCAUGCAGCGCAAGAGGAUAGCCGAUGCAACCAAGGGUGUUGGCAGGCCAAAGGUCGGCGGCCCGUUCGAACUGAUCGACCAUAACGGCAAGCCCAUGACAGAGAAGGACCUCAAGGGUCGCUAUUCCCUGGUCUACUUCGGCUUCAGCCACUGCCCCGACAUCUGCCCCGAGGAGCUCGACAAGAUGGCGGCCAUGUUCGAAAAGGUGGAGGCUGAGCGUCCCGGUGCUCUCAAGCCCGUUUUCGUUACCUGCGAUCCUGCGCGCGAUACCCCCCAGGUGCUCAAGGAGUACCUCGCCGAGUUCCACCCCAAGUUCAUCGGCCUGACGGGCACAUACGAUCAGAUCAAGGCCAUGUGCAAGGCGUACCGCGUCUACUUCAGCACGCCUUCCAAGGUCGAGCCCGGUCAGGACUACCUUGUCGAUCACAGCAUCUACUUUUACCUGAUGGAUCCCGAGGGUGACUUUGUUGAGGCGCUCGGUCGCCAACAUUCGCCUGACCAGGCCGCCAAGGUUAUCUUGGACCACAUGAAGGACUGGAAUGGUAAGUGGAGGAAGGAAUAG